CCCGCCCCCCGGUGGCAGAAGCUUCCGAGGCUCCGCGCUGUCAGCCGCGGGGUAGAGUGGGCCGGGCGUGGCGAGGAAACACAAGCCUCGCGAAACGGGGUCCCUGCAGCCAUGGCCUGCUCCAUCGUCCAGUUCUGCUCCUUCCAGGACCUGCAGUCCGCGCGCGACUUUCUGUUUCCUCAGCUGCGGGAGGAGAACCCCGGCGCCCUGAAGAGGGACCCGAGUAAAUCACUGAACUGGGAAGAUGAUAAUUGGGGAGCAUGGGAUGAAACAGAAUCCCAAGAACCUGAAGAAGAAGGAAAUACUUCUAAAACACAAAAAAAUUCCUGGCUUCAAGAGUGUGUUUUAUCAUUAUCUCCAACCAGUGAUCUUAUGGUUAUAGCUCGGGAACAAAAGGCCGCAUUUCUAGUGUCAAAAUGGAAGCACAGUGAGAAAGGGAAGGAAGAAAUGCAGUUUGCUGUUGGUUGGAGUGGCUCCUUAAGUGUGGAAGAAGGGGAGUAUGUGACCAGUGCUCUGUGCAUCCCACUGGCAAGCCAAAAGAGGAGUUCCACUGGGCGCCCUGACUGGACCUGCAUUGUGGUGGGCUUUACGUCUGGUUAUGUGCGCUUCUACACUGAGAGUGGUGUGCUUUUGCUUGCACAACUUUUGAAUGAAGACAAAGUACUUCAGCUUAAGUGCAGGACCUAUGAAAUCCCUCGGCACCCUGGAGUGACUGAGCAGAAUGAAGAACUGAGCAUCCUAUAUCCAGCUGCCAUUGUGACUAUUGAUGGGUUCAGUCUUUUUCAGUCUCUUCGUGCUUGUCGAAACCAGGUAGCAAAAGCUGCAGCAUCAGGCAAUGAGAAUAUACAGCCACCACCGUUAGCUUAUAAGAAAUGGGGUCUACAAGACAUUGCCACUAUUAUCGAUCAUGCUAGUAUUGGUAUUAUGACUCUGUCACCAUUUGAUCAAAUGAAGACUGCUUCCAACAUAGGUGGAUUCAAUGCAGCCAUUAAAAACAGUCCACCUGCCAUGUCUCAGUACAUCACUGUGGGGUCCAGUCCAUUUACUGGCUUCUUCUAUGCUCUAGAGGGAAGCACACAGCCGCUGCUAUCUCACGUGGCGCUUGCUGUUGCAAGUAAACUGACUUCUGCUCUCUUUAGUGCUGCCAGUGGUUGGCUUGGUUGGAAAAGCAAGCAUGAAGAAGAAACUGUCCAGAAGCAGAAGCCCAAGAUGGAGCCAGCCACCCCACUAGCCGUGAGAUUUGGACUUCCGGAUUCUAGACGGCAUGGAGAAAGCAUAUGCCUCUCUCCUUGUAAUACCCUGGCAGCAGUCACAGAUGAUUUUGGCAGAGUAAUCUUGUUAGAUGUAGCUCGAGGAAUUGCAGUACGGAUGUGGAAAGGGUAUCGGGAUGCACAGAUCGGAUGGAUUCAAAUUGUAGAGGACCUCCAUGAGCGAGUACCAGAAAAGGGGGAGUUCUCCCCCUUUGGAAAUACUCAAGGUCCCAGUCGAGUAGCUCAGUUCCUUGUGAUCUACGCACCACGAAGGGGGAUUUUGGAAGUGUGGAACACACAGCAAGGGCCUAGAGUAGGUGCUUUCAACGUGGGUAAGCAUUGCAGGUUGUUGUAUCCUGGCUACAAAAUAAUGGGCUUAAACAAUGUGACAAGUCAGAGUUGGCAGCCUCAGACUUACCAGAUCUGUCUUGUUGACCCGGUGUCUGCAAGUGUGAAAACGGUGAAUGUGCCUUUCCAUUUAGCACUGAGCGAUAAGAAGAGUGAAAGAGCCAAGGACCUACACUUAGUGAAGAAACUGGCAGCCUUGCUGAAAACAAAGUCCCACAGUCUUGAUUCAUUUGAAAUGGAAAUAAAGGAGUUGAUUCUUGAUAUUAAGUACCCUGCAACCAAGAAACAAGCUCUGGAAAGCAUUUUGGCCAGUGAACGUAUAUCAUUUUCCUGCCUUAGAAACAUUACUCAGACUUUAAUGGACUCUUUAAAAAAUCAAGAGCUUGAGUCUGUUGAUGAAGGACUGCUGCAGUUUUGUGCCAGUAAAUUGAAAUUACUACAACUUUAUGAAUCUGUCACUCAAUUAAACUCGCUUGAUUUUCACUCAGAUACGCCGUUCUCUGAUAAUGACUUGGCUGUGCUGCUAAGGCUGGACGAUAAGGAACUCCUGAAGCUCCGAGUCCUAUUGGAAAAGUACAAGCAAGAAAACACCAAGACCACGGUCUGGUUUUCUGAGGAUACAGAUGGAGUGCUGCCUGUUCAGACCUUCCUGGAAUAUCUGGACUAUGAGAAGGAUAUGCUCAGCAUAAAGAAGAUAAGUGAAGAGGAGUAUGUGGCUCUAGGCAGUUUCUUUUUUUGGAAGUGUUUGCAUGGAGAAAGCUCCACUGAGGAUAUGUGUCAAACCCUGGAGUCUGCUGGACUUAGCCCUCAGCAGUUACUGUCUCUGCUCCUGAGUGUCUGGCUUUCGAAGGAAAAAGAUAUUUUGGACAAACCACAGUCUGUCUGCUGUCUGCACACCAUGCUGUCCCUGCUGAGCAAGAUGAAAGUGGCCAUGGAGGAGACAUGGGAUUCUCAGUCUGUGUCCCCUUGGUGGCAGCAAAUGCGCACAGCCUGUAUCCAGUCAGAGAACAAUGGAGCUGCCCUGCUGUCUGCACACGUUGGGCAUUCUGUUGCUGCACAGAUGUCCAACAGUGCUACAGAUAAGAAAUUCUCCCAGACGGUUUUGGGUGCUGAUGCAGAAGCCCUCACAGACUCCUGGGAAGCCCUUUCUCUUGACACCGAGUACUGGAAGCUGCUGCUGAGACAGCUGGAGGAUUGCCUCAUACUCCAGACUCUGCUGCACAGCAAGGCGAACCCUCCAGCUGCCAAAGUGUCAUCUCCACAGACAGAGCCACUUCCAAGGCUCUCUGUUAAAAAGUUGUUAGAAGGGGGAAAAGGUGGUGUUGCAGACAGUGUAGCCAAGUGGAUAUUUAAACAAGACCUCAGCCCUGAGUUGUUGAAAUGUGUCAACAAAGAAAGAGAUGUAGACAAUCCAGACGAACCUCGAGAAGGUAUUGCCAGAAGUCUCCUUGAAGUGUCAGAGGUGGAGAUAGACCUAGGAGCCGUACCAGACUUGCUCCGUCUAGCCUAUGAACAGUUCCCUUGUAGCCUUGAACUUGACGUGCUGCAUGCACAUUGCUGCUGGGAGUAUGUUGUUCAGUGGAAUAAAGAUCCAGAGGAAGCACGCUUUUUGGUUAGGUCCAUAGAACACUUGAAGCACAUCCUUAACGCACAUGUUCAAAAUGGUAUUGCGCUGAUGAUGUGGAAUACGUUCUUGGUUAAAAGGUUUUCUGCUGCUACCUACUUAAUGGAUAAGGUUGGAAAAUCUCCAAAGGAUAGAUUAUGCCGAAGGGAUGUGGGGAUGAGUGACACAGCAAUGACAUCCUUCCUUGGCUCCUGCCUGGAUCUUCUUCAGACAUCAUUGGAGGCUGACAUUAGUAGGGACGAAAUGCAGGUCCCAGUCCUGGACACGGAGGAUGCCUGGCUGUCCGUUGAAGGCCCCGUCUCCAUAGUGGAAUUGGCACUGGAGCAGAAGCCUAUUCACUACCCACUGGUAGAGCAUCAUUCCAUCUUGUGCUCCAUCCUUUAUGCAUCCAUGUGCUUUUCUCUGAAGAGUGUGAAGCCUCUUGGUCUUUUUGAUAGCAAGGGAAAGAAUGCAUUUUUCAAGGAUUUAACUUCAAUUCAGUUGUUACCUAGUGAGGAAAUGGAUCCUAAUUUUAUUUCUGUAAGACAACAGUUCUUACUGAAAGUUGUCAGUGCAGCUGUCCAGGCUCAGCAUUCCGUCAGCAAGGACAAAGGUCCCUCUGAAGAGGCAGCAAGCAGUCAUUGGAAAGACCUCAACUGGCCAGAUCUGGCUGUGGAUUUAGCCCAUCACCUUCAAGUGAGCGAAGAUGUCAUUCGAAGGCAUUAUGUGGGAGAGUUGUACAAUUAUGGAGCUGACCUCUUAGGAGAGGAGGCCAUUCUGCAAGUUCAUGACAAAGAAGUUCUGGCAUCUCAGCUGCUGGUGUUGACAGGGCAAAGGCUGGCUCACGCGCUCUUCCAUACCCACACAAAAGAAGGCAUGGAGCUGCUGGCCAGACUCCCACCCACACUCUGCACCUGGCUGAAGGCAAUGAAUCCCCAGGAUCUUCAAAACACUGAUGUGCCAAUUGCAGCAACAGCUAAACUAGUGCAUAAAGUAAUGGAACUCCUGCCAGAAAAGCAUGGGCAGUACAGCCUCGCCUUGCACCUCAUCGAAGCUGUAGAAGCCAUGGCUACUUUAUGACAGUAGUCUACAAUCCUGUAACACAGGAAUCACUGCAUGUCAUUUUACACAGUAAGAUUGGGAACUUUUUGGAGGUUUUUUUUUUUCUUUUAUAUAAUAAAUAUAUUACUUUAAAAAGUACAAUCCUGGCUAAAUUCCACUUCUUCAGUUGACACUGAAGAUAAAAUAUGAUCACACUAGCUACUCUGUAAUUAAUGCAGAUGCUCUUACUGUUUAUUUUUUCAGUCAAAUAAGCAGCAUUACUGUUAAACUUUGGUAUUGUAAUUGGUUAUAAUUUGCAGAUUUUGUUCUCACAGUAGUAUUCUAGUUCAUAUCCAAAUGACUUCUGUGGGGAUUAAGUGUGUUCACAUAGCUUACAUCAGCACUCUAGUGAUGCAGCCCAUGUCCCUUUAAAACAUGCACCGAUGUCCUCAUGGUUGGUCCUGUACACCAGGAUGCUGCCUGGCAGGGAGCUCUUGGUGCUGCCCGCUUCCUGUCCAGGGUACUGCUGCUGCUGUCAUAGGAGAAAUGGCUUGAGAUCACCAAAGGGACCUGCUGUACUUGCCAGAAUUGGGAAUCAGAGAUGUGAACAAUGCAGCAAAAGCAAUUAUAAUGUAAAUUAAGAUUUACUUUGUCAAGUUCCAAAACUGUAUCCACAUCAGGUAAUUGUAAAAAUGUAUUAUCCUGUAAGACAUGUAAAAAAAACAAAGCAAAUAUUCUAAAAUAUUUAAAGUCCAACUUUAUUUUCUUCCAAGUGUCAAAAAUGUCUGUUUCUGGGACUUGGUCAUAUUGCCCGUCCUGGAAGAAGGACAGAAAAUACUUUGUGCUGUCACAGCCUUAGCAACCCUACCUCACAGCUGGGUGCAGAGAAAGGAUAAACUGAAUUAGUUCUGUACCCUGUAGUGCCUAGAGCAGCCCAAGUGCUAAGCAAGUGUGUGAUAGACCCACCUAACCUGGCCUGUCAGUGGCACUCUGCAAGAACUCUGCAGAGUUCUUGCUGCGGUUUAACUGUCUCUGGAAUGUAGCCAUACAGUGCAAUUAUUGGUGUCUGCCAUAAUCACAGUUGUUCACAGAACUCAUUCUAAUAGAGGGAAGCAGCCAACUGCGCUAGAAGGUUGAGAAUAUUCAGGGAUUCCAGUGACACCUGAGUACACACAAAUGUGAAUCCUUUUUCAUUAAAAAGUUAGAAUUUAAGUAAGACUGUCACUGGCUAAAACUAAUUCUGUUAACUGUCAGAUUUCACAUCUUCAAAGAAAAUGGUUUCAGAUGUUGCUCAGGUGGCUAUGAGGAACAGCCGGUGGCAUGCUGGAAUCGUAUAAGCAAAGCAGGACUGAGAUAAACAGCAUCCUUUACACAGUGCUAGGAGGUCUCCUUUCCCCAUGACUUUCUAGUGCUCUGGAAGGGGCAGGAUGGGCAGCUUGCCAGGAAAGCCUGGCACUGCAAGCUCUGCUAAUGAUGAUUGAUGUUCUUUUACUCUAAUGCCAUUACUAAUCCCAUUGUUUCAGGAGGGUGAUAGCUUGCAUAUAGAAUUUUAAAACUAAAUCCUGAGAUUUGUUUAACAGAAGCAGUAAAAUAGUCUACUACUUCACUAAGGGCUUUUAAAAUCUGGCAAGAAAGAAAAAUUAACAUGUAUGUAUCCAUUCUCUAACAGUAAAGUGCCACAAAUAAAGAAAUUAGGUUCUGACAUCCGGCUGUUGUCCCUGCAAUAAGGGCAUGGCGCAUGCCUGUAACCAGAAGUGUGUCCUUAGAGGCUUCCCCUCUCCUUACAUUACGUAUUUUUACCUUGGUAAUAAAACUGCUUAAACAACCCUAACUUCUCGAUUCCAGGUUGAGUUUAGAUGGAGAAGUGGAGGGCCAGGACAAAUGUAGAUACAGCAGUACAUAGUACCAUGCUUUCCAAUGCUUCACACUUUUGCAAAAAGAAAAGAACUUUUACCUGUUAGAAAAGUUUAUCAAAGGUCAGUGUAAAGUCUGCUACAUUUAAAUAGCUUCUUAAAAUCUGGUUACUUGUGACUUAAAAUCAUAGGAAACUAAGACUUAGUGACAAUAAGCUUACAUCAAUUAUAGCGCUCACUCAGAAGUUGCUGUGAUCCAUUUCAUUCAGAAACAAAUAUCUUAUAGUGCAGUAUAGAAACAGUGAAAGCCCUCUCACCUCAUAGGGACAGGUUUGCUGGGAGGCUAGAUUCUGCUUAGUAGAUUAGCCAUCCCUGAAAGAUCAAUCCAGUAUUGGAUUGUUUAUAAAAAUGCUCUAUUAUUUACCUACUGUCAAUGUAUUGUAAGUAGUGAUUCCAUAUAUGUUAUUUCCCGUGUCUGUUCAUUAUUGUGAACCUAUGUAUAUUAGUGAAAUAAAUUUUUAGCUUUCAUGUUAUUUCCUCAACAUUCAUACAUGUAAGAACAAAGAUUUCUCCCCUCUUGAAAAAUAAAUUUGGUGAUAUUCUUUGUAGUACAUUUCAAAA